GGUGAAAACUGGGACUGGAACAGGGACAAACGUGGAGAUGAUUUGCAAACAGGACGUGCUGUUGUGGUUUGAGAAACUCGAGAGCUACCAUCGAAUCGAAACGAUGUACGCCCUGCUCACCGCCUGCCUGCCAUUCGAGUUGCGCUUCCUGGGCACGCUGCUGGAGGAGCAGGGCCGGUGCGACUCGGAGACGCUGCGCGGCAUGGAGCUGCGGGCGAACAAUCCGCACGAGCUGGCCGCCGACAUGGUCAACUGCCAGAAGGGCGACCCCACCGACCGGAAGAUCCGGCGCAAGAUGGCCCUGUAUCUGGCGCUGAUUCGCGCCUGCAACCGGAACUGCGUUAGUGAGAUCUACCGUACUCUGGAAUGCUGGGGAGAGUGUGAUUUUGGCUGUAUCAACGAUCAGGACACGCUAUUGGAGCUGCUGCUCGUGUACACGAUGGCAGCCAUCCACCCGGUGUUCUCCAUGGAGGAGCAGAAGAAGAUCUUUGGCAUACUGGCCAAGAUCAAGGAGAAUAAGCUGGUGUCAGAGCGAUUUGUGCCGCAGAUGCAAGCACAAACACAGACGCCGGCGCCCCAGCAUCCGCACCCGCCGUCCCCACAUGACCUGAUCCUUCAGCAACCGCCGCAUGUGAUCCACCAGAUGACAGGACCACAGCCUCCGCCACCUCAUCCGCAGCAUCACCAGAUGGUGCAAAUGUUGCAAACGCCGCAAGGCAACAUCCCAUUGAUCUUUCCCCAGCACUUUCCCAAGAUUUUGAACAGCUCUGAUGGGACGCACCAGAUCAGUGUCGACGGCAUGACACAUCAGAUGUGCAUGCAGCCGAACAUCACCAUUCCAGGGGACACGAGUGCCAUCAUCGGUCACCAGCAAACGGGGUGGACGAUGCGCCACUACGUCCCACAACCGCCCCACCAACAGCCCGCUCUGCAGCAGCCGCAGAGUCUGGAUAAUCAAGUGCCACCGGCCAGUUCGCCUAUGCUGAGCCAGCAGUCAUCGCCCUCGAGCAGCCGCACCACGAGUCCCCAGCGGGACCGUUCCCUCAUCAACGUUCCACUGCAGGCGCAGCAUCAGCAGCAGCAGCCGAUGAGGAGCAUGUCGCAGCGACUGGCGGGUCAGAAGAAUGCGCGACGUCCAUCGGCGGAGACAACGCCGCCGCCCACCUCCAUUGGCGGCGAGCAGCAACAUGAAAGUAUCAACGAUGGCGGAAGCAGCAAUUCCAGCGGAACCAGCCUGCACAGCAUCAUCCGCAACGGUUUCCCGCGUCCAGGACACCACCAUCGAGUCAAGGCAAACACUUUCAUACCACAGCACCAGCAGCAGCAGCACUUUCAAAACCCCAACUACAACAUGAACGUUAUGAUGCAGAGUAUGAACUUGACCGACGAUGGUAGCGGUUCGAUGAUGGGCAUAAACUCCACCAAGAGUGCAGCCACCACGGGCAGUGAAUCGGGCAGCUCGAAUGGAUCUUGUGGCGACCUGUCGCCCUCGGAGACGCCGACGCCCACACAGCUCUCACUGCCACUGCACAGUUCAGUGGAUGCGGGCAUGGGCAUGAUCACUACGGUAUUGCCCACCGGCCUGGGCGGCUAUCAGCCGAAGCAGCACCACCUUAGCUACAAGCAGCAGCAGCAACUCAACUUGCAUCAGCGGCUAAACGGACGCAAUGGGAUGGAUAAGAGCUAUCAGCAAGUGUACACAACGGGCACGCAAAGUAUCGUGAGCGAUGCGCAGACUAUCAGUAGCGGCAGCCUGCAGCAACAACAGCAGCUCAUCAGCCAGUCGCCGGUGACCACUCCGACGUCAACGGUGCUCCUCCAGCCGCAACAACCACCGCCCACAGCCUACAACACGAGCUAUCCAUAUCACCAGCGAAUACCCCCGCCGCCACAGCAGAUAUUCCAGGCGCACAGUGCGCCGCCGCCGCAGACGGUACGCGGUGGCUACCGUUAUCCGAUGGUUCCGCAGCACAAUGGUGAGCUCAUCUACCCGGCCUUCCCCACGAGCCUGACGUUCCUGCCGAUGACGGCGGGCGGCACUCCCACGGCGGUAACGCCGCCCCAGCUUCAGAACCCGGCGGCGGUGGUCAGCACGAACGCGUUAACCGUGCAGACGGUACCGACGCCUCAGCAGCAACAGGUUCCCAGCACGACGCCGUACAGCGCGCUCACCGUCUGUCCCAUAACGGGAGCGGGCGGUGGCGGGAACGGUCAGAAAGUGAUCUCCUGCUACAACUGCGGAUCGCAGACGCACAGCGGUCGGGAGUGUCAGGAGGCGUCCAUGGAGGAUGUGACGCGGAGUGCCAGCUACAAGUUGGACUACUCGGAGACAAGCAUGGACACCAACUCCACGGGCGACCACCACAAGGAUGUGGGCGGUAUGCAGAUCAAUUCAGCGACGACUGCGGGGACGGUGGCCAGUACGGGGAAAUAAUACGGAGGGUCCAUAUGUUCACUUACAUAUAUGGAAAUAUAAUUACUGCUAUAUUAAUGAUUAUGCAUAAUCCUUACCUACUUAUACGAAUUACCAUUUAUUAUGAUUGUGUAGUGCGGAAAUCAAAUUUCUCGCCUUUGCCACGUCUCUUAGUUCGGUAAGCCUCUCAAUUCGCGUUAAUUCGAUUCGAGGAUCGGCAGGCGGCUGCCUAAGUCUUGACAACCCUUAUCCGUAAAUAAGAAUGAUUUAGAUGCGCCCUGCCCUGCCACAAACCACACCCACACACAUAGUCGAUAACGAAUUUUAGUCAUAUGCCACUCUUAAUAUUUCUACGUUAAGUUGAAUGUACAACAGCAAUAAGUAAUUAUCCUAAUCCGCGUUCCGUACACUCACUCACACGGGCAGAUGUUACAAAUGCCACGAUCGAAUUAAGCUAAAGAACCAUAACGUACGCCAUUACGCGACCACGAUGGGGCGUAACCAAACCGUAAACGUAACGAAGGAGAUGAAGUACCCUAGGAAAACAGAACACACGUAGCAUACGGAAUACCUAGCAAAUAUAUUAAAAUUGAUUAUGUGUAUAAACAAACGAGCGUAGCAGCACAAUGUGCAUAGUUAACCGACUUCUUAUUCCAAACAAACCUUCUGAUUUAUCACCACCCUACUCUAGUUACUGAUCCUUCAUCUAUUUAUUUGCAGCUCCUUUGUUUAAACAUGUAUUUUAGCAAUGUUUUUUUUGUACUUUAUAUAAAUACCUACAUACUUAUAUACAUAUAUAUAUAUAUAACUAUUAUUUUAAAGCAAACAAUCGUAUAUGAUACACUCUUAUGUGGAUAGGGCGUACAUUAUUGCUAAGCACUCUGUCUAAUUAUUAUUAUUAUUUUAUGUACUCACAACUUGACCCCCGAUGGGCAACUGUAUAUGUAUGAACUGGCCAAGUUAUGGAAAAUAACCGUUAAGGUCACGCCAAAACCCGCCCACGGUUGACCACAAAAUACAAUUGCCUGCCCUUAGUUUCUGAUGUAUAGACGUUGUUAAAAUUUUGUAAAGUCAGCAGGCGAACUGCAAGACAAUGAAAAGAGAAGCAAAUGAUUUACAUGAAAUACACACUUUUCUGAGUUUGCUGCUAAUGCGUAGGCAUGACAAAACAAUUAUUAUAUUUCAUUGAAAUAAUAAAAUCAAAUUGUUUCUAAAAUUCGAGUAACAAACACAAAGCUA